CUUGACACGCGUUGCGUCUUUUCGUUUGUUUCUCUUGGACUUUUUACGGAUCGCAUCGUUUUCAUCCACCCGCUUGUAUUCUUCCUUUCUCUCGCUUCGCUUUGCCUCUCCUCCAUCUUCCUUUUUGCUCUUUCUUCCUUCCUCGCUCUUACUAUCGCACCCCUUUCUUCCUCUUAUUCUUCGUUCUUUGUUUCCCCCAUAUUUCUUGUUCCCCUCUUCUCUGCCGCCGUACCUGUCUUCUAUUUUCAUGUUUUUCUGUUUCCCUUUCUGUUUGAGAAAUCUAACUCCAUUCAACCUUUCGAUGUUUCGAAAACCAGAAUAACACGGAUUUGUCGUUUCGAGUGAAAGUCGUGCUUUUCGUUGCAACGGCUCCGAAUGCCGCUAGUGAAGUCUAUUCGCCAACAUCCAUGUUGAUUUUAGUGUAAUCUUGACGCCUGGCCUCAAAGUGUAGAGAUUUUAAAAGUUAUCACUGCUUCGAGUUGGGUGGUCUGCUUUCUUGAACUUCGAUUAGGCUACCGAACAUAAUCAACGGGACUGUGUACAUCAUACGUGAUACGAGUGAUUCAGUGAAUGAUUGAAUUAUUGCGCGUGCUUCCCGGUUUCGUUUUCGAUAAAUAAAGUUUCUCUGCGAUACGGGCAAUAUCUGUUCGAGCCUUGGAGACGUGUGCUCCGACUCACCACGUGUCGCUUUCGACAACGAACAACGAAUAACAGAGAACAAACUCGUGAGUUUCAACCGCCCAACCUUACAUCUUCCUACCUUGCGUUUUCGUGACUGAAUGUUCGAUUCACGUGACUCUUCUGCUGCUAUCGAUGUCGAGAUCGUUACUGGGCAACGUUAUCAUCAUACUCUCGAACGUUUUCUCCCCUUGCACCAGCUACCUUUGACUCGAUGCAAGUGGCACUCCUACGGAAGGAACGAGGAUCGAUAUUUACAAGAUCUCGCCCGCUUCAGAUUCAGUCGUUCGUCAUCGAGCGUUCACAAUGGCCGUUUGUUUAUGAACAUUUUCCCAAACUAAUGGAGCAACGUCUACCUGUGUUCUAUGUCGUAGACGAAUCCAGCGCGUAUAAGAAGCGAGCAAAGCGGCGGAGCGGCAGCGGCGUCGUCCGGAAGCGAAGGCCGGAGAAGCAGCGGCGAGAGCGUGCCAGUGCCGGUGCCGGUAUCGGUGCCGGUGCUCGUGCCUCUCGACGGACCGAGGAAACAGGGACGAGAGACUACGUUUCCUUUCUGCCAGGUGCGCUCGUAUCCCCAUCCAAAGUGGCUAAGAGCGUAAGUCCUCAUCGAGUGCACCAGGAGUGCUCGAGCGGAGGGGAGGUGCAGGUACAGGUGCAGCAGGAGAGACGAGCACCGAGGCGCAUGCCUUACCUGGGGCCUGAUAUGACAACCCGGCUAUCCGCCAUGUUUUACACGGUUGAAGUCGGGGACACCAGAUUCACCAUUCUCAAGCGGUAUCAAAACCUGAAGCCAAUCGGUUCCGGGGCACAGGGGAUCGUUUGCGCGGCGUACGACACGGUGACCGCGCAAAAUGUCGCGAUCAAGAAACUCUCCAGACCUUUUCAGAACGUGACGCACGCGAAGAGAGCGUACAGGGAAUUCAAGCUUAUGAAGCUGGUCAAUCAUAAAAACAUAAUCGGCUUGUUGAACGCGUUCACGCCGCAACGGUCGUUGGACGAGUUUCAAGACGUGUACUUGGUGAUGGAGCUUAUGGACGCGAACCUGUGCCAGGUGAUUCAGAUGGAUCUGGAUCACGAGCGUAUGUCCUACCUGCUUUAUCAGAUGCUGUGCGGCAUCAAGCACUUACACUCGGCCGGUAUCAUUCACAGGGAUUUGAAGCCGAGCAAUAUCGUGGUAAAGGCAGAUUGUACGCUGAAAAUUCUCGACUUUGGCCUGGCUAGGACCGCUGGGACAACCUUCAUGAUGACGCCGUACGUGGUGACGCGAUACUACAGGGCGCCGGAGGUGAUUCUCGGGAUGGGAUACAAGGAGAACGUGGACAUUUGGUCGGUCGGAUGCAUAAUGGGCGAAAUGAUUCGGGGUGGUGUGCUGUUUCCCGGCACGGAUCACAUCGACCAGUGGAACAAGAUAAUCGAGCAACUGGGAACACCGGCGCAGGAAUUCAUGCAGCGGCUGCAGCCAACGGUCAGGAAUUACGUUGAGAACAGGCCGCGGUAUCCGGGAUAUCCGUUCGACAGGUUAUUCCCGGACGUUCUGUUUCCAUCGGACUCGUCGGAGCACAACCGAUUGAAAGCCAGCCAAGCCAGGGAUCUAUUGUCGCGCAUGCUCGUGAUCGACCCCGAGCGACGCAUCUCCGUCGACGAUGCUUUGCUGCACAAUUACAUAAACGUGUGGUACGACGAGGGCGAAGUCAAUGCCCCUGCACCAGGCCCCUACGACCAUAGCGUGGACGAGAGGGAACACACGGUGGACCAGUGGAAAGAGCUGAUUUACCAGGAGGUGAUGGAGUACGAGACGAGCCACAAUCCGGCGACGGUGGCUCAAACGUCCGAGAGUGGUGAUUCUCGGUAGACACGCAAGAACCUUACCACCUUUCGCGUCAGGGGCGCACCUAGACUGUCCGAUCUAUUAUACGUUCAUAUAUAUACACACGCGUGCGCGAACACCUACCCGCCCACGCACAUACACGUACACAGGCCCACGACAUAUUACGAUAGAUGCGUGUGUAUAUGUAUGCAUGUAUGUAUGAAUAUAUAUACAUAUACAUACAUAUACAAAUAUAUAUAUAUAUAUAUAUAUAUAUUUAUAUAUAUUCGCGGAAAUGUAAAGAAAGGAAGCGACGAUUAGAAACAGUUUCACGUCCAUGGAAAAGACGUACGUUAAACGAAGAGCCGUUUUCAUUCGAAACGAAGAAGAUCGCAAAACGAAUGAAACCAUGAUAGAAAAGGAAAGUGCGAGAGAGAGAGAGAGAGAAUGUGUGUGUGUGUGAGAGAGAGAGAGGACAAAAGCGAGAGCGAACACGACCGAGCAGGAGUGUCUGCGAGAAGCAAGAAGAGAAAAUGUGAGAUGGUGCGAAAGGUAAAAUGGUAAAGCGCUUAUUUGCGAGGAAAGAGCGAAAAGAAAAGAAGAUAAUCGGCAACAGAGUGAGAAAGAAAUAUGUCGUUCGCGCGGACGUACGAGGCAUAACGAGCGCGCGUUUGCGAAAACGUAUAUGCGAUAGGAAUCCCUGCAACAACCAAAGCAUCGACGCGAUUCGGAGGUCCGUCAACGAACGCGUUCACUCGACAAACAAGAUACAUAUGCACCGCGCGACGUUCGUCGUUGUUCUCGCUCGGUCUUCUUGUUCCGCUUUCCGAGCGUAUCUCCUUUGUGCGGGAAACGCGCAUUCGUUCGCAACGAACGUUCUCCGCGAUCGAGCUUACAAUUAGUUGAAAAGCUUGCAACACACGCGUCGCCGAUCGAUCCAGAACUCUGGAAUAUCCCGUUUUCCAAACCGACCUAACGCAACUGGUUUGUUGUACCCGGUCGCGUCUCACGUGCUCUAGUCGCGUUUCACGUGGUCCGGUCGCGUCGCGAACCAAACCGAACGAGAGUUCUAUGCUCCUUCGUCUUUUCCCGCUUGUUUCUUCCUCGUUGUCCUUUUCACCCACCGCACUUACUUUCUUCUUUCGCUCUUCUACGAUCAGAAAUCGGACAAUUGGUUUAAACGAAAAUAUGCCGAUGAAAACGAUAAACUGCCGAAAAGAUUUAUCUUAUUUCGCGAUCGUGCCGCGCAUCUUUUCAUUACUGCCAUCGUAUCGAACGAGCCGCUCUUUUUUCUCCCUGAUCGCGCGCGGUCGAUUCGUCGACCCGUCGCAUUCGUUGCAGCGAACGUGCAACGAAACGCGAUGACAAUUGAUUUUCUCCGGAGCAGCAUCUUUGUACUCGCGUGUCUGCUAGAUGGUCGAGGAAAACUCGUCGCGACGUUGGUUCGCGGCAAUAACGACGCGCGGGUAACACGCGGAUGAAACGCGAUAAAAACGUACUUGAAUGAUUCGAAGAAAGUGACGUACGACGAGAGAGUGUUAGAGGGGGGGGGGGAAGGCAACGAGUAAGUAAGUCAGAUAGUCGAUCAAAACGAAUGCAAUUUUCUACGUAAUUCCAAAAGCGUCCAAAGUACAGGGUGUCGCUGAAUACAAGAGCUCGAGCAUUCCCUUUUCAAAAUCCGAAUUUCGAUUUACCGUGAUUACGCGUUUAAUCGUCGAGCGAGAACAUUGUGUGUAUUUUUAUAUGCGACUCGAAAUGCGUGCUUUUGUCUCAUCGUUUUCGUGCGCUCGUACGCCACCGAUAUUUUGUAACGCUAACUUUGUAAGAUGGAAAGCCGAGAAAGAACACGAAGAGAAAGCGAAGGGAUCCAGCGAUACCUAAAAUAAGCAUCGUCGAGCACGACAAGGCCACAGUCGAAUCCGUUUCUUCGAAAACUGAAAGUGCAAUGUCGCGGCGAUUGAUCCUCGAGUAGCGCGACGAUGUUAUCCGCGGUUAUACUUGUCGAUUGUAUUUAGCUAGAUAGUUCCUUAGGUAAAAACUCGUUUUCCUUGUGCAAUCGUACGAUCGUCGUGCCAUUGCACGACGACGAAUGCCGUCGCGAUGACAAUUAGAAUAUAUAUAUAUAUAUACAUAUAUAUAUAUAUAUACGAUAUAUAAUAUAUAAAUCUCUCUAUAUAUUAUAUUAUAUUAUAUUAUAUUAUAUUAUAUUAUAUUAUAUUAUAUUAUAUUAUAUUACAUUAUAUUGUAUUGUAUUGUAUUGUAUUGUAUUGUAUUGUAUUGUAUUGUAUUGUACUGUAUUAUUGUAUUGUAUUGCAUUGUACUGUAUACACGAAGAACACUAUUUCGUAACUUCUGGAAAAUUUCACUGUCGAUGAACAAACGGCAAUAAUUGGCAAAGUUAAAGUUUCGACGAUGAUCGUUCGUGCGCGUACAAGGGGAAUAAGCACGAACGACCUGUUCGUAUCGUUCGUUUCGGCGUUCCUUCGUUUCUUGCUGGUUGCUGGAGGAAUGGCGACGACGUCGACUUCAUUGUCGCCGUUGUCGUAGCCGCCAGGACGCAACCGCGGGAUUUGUUUCUCGACCAAAAAGAACGCUCCGCCCAGCGACGUUAUUACACUUUUCCGGUUAUGCUUUAGGGAAAGGACUUACGAGCGUUGUUUGUUUCACGAGGAACGUACUAACUUUAGCGUUAAGCUCGAGUAGAGGGAAUGCGCGUUAUUCCAAAGCGACACGUUUUGUGGCAAUAUGUGUACAGUAGUCGAACCGAGAUACGCGACUCAAAUAUUUUUAUUUUUGACGACGACGACGACGACGACGACAACGAUGACAGCGACCAUGACGAUAACAGAAACAGAGAUAACAACUACUACUAAAUUGGUGAUUAUUGAUGUUACAGUUAGUACUAUUGAUACUACCACCACUACUACUAGUAUAACUACUAUUACUA